UUCAAAAAGUAUUUUAAAAUGAUAUUUAGUACAACUGCCCAGCUUGGCCACACUGGAAAUGUUAUAUAAAGGUGUGAGAACUACGAGGUCACAGAUUCUGCAAGAUAACUUGUAUGCAUAUGAAAUACUAACAAGACACUUUUAAGUAUGACCAAUAGCAAGCUCAAAACUAGCUAGAUUGCGUCACUGCUUCCUGCUGUGAAGAGCUAUUUUAUAGCAUAGUGAGGCUGACGAGAAAAGAGGAAGUCUAAAGCUUCUACAGACAAGGGACUAUGAAGCAAGCAUGGCAGCUGACACUUUGUACUGCACAAAACAAAGUUGCCACAGGGCUGGGUAAAAAGCCAAACCAGAGAAGCUCCCCCAUGCGAAGUCACAGUGUAAUAAAACAGACAGCCAGGAAAGUGGGGGAAGGGUGGACUCACAAAAACACCCCUGCAAGUAUCAGGGUUUCAAUGGGGUGCAACAACUAUUCCUAAAACCAAUUACGAUAUGAUACCUGAGAAUCACUACCCUGAAGAAUACAGGAUUUCAUCACUGGUCUUCUACAGUUUUGUAUUCAUAGUAGGACUGGUAGUGAACGCCACGGCACUAUGGGUUUUCAGCUGCACUACCAAGAAGAGAACCACUAUAACCAUAUACAUGAUGAAUGUGGCAUUACUUGACAUAAUCUUUAUACUUUUCUUGCCUUUUCGGAUAAUCUACCAUGGGAAAGAAACAUGGCCUUUUGGAGAUAUAUUCUGUCGGAUUAUCAGUGCUUUCACUGUAUUUUAUCCAGCCAUUGCUCUGUGGUUGCUUGCUUUCAUAAGUGUAGACAGAUUUAUGGCUAUUGUCCAGCCCAAACAUAUCAAAGAACUGAAAAAUACAAAAAAAGCUCUGCUGGCCUGUACAGGGAUCUGGAUAAUGACCCUUGCAACAACUUCCCCAUUGCUCUUUCUACGUUCUGAUCCAGACAAAACCUGCAAUUUCACCACCUGCAUGAAAAUGCUCGAUAUCAUCCACUUAAAGGAAGUAAAUAUGUUGAACUUUUCUCGCUUGAUAUUUUUCUUUUUGAUUCCCUUGCUUAUCAUGAUGGGGUGCUACCUAGUCAUUAUUUACAAUUUUAUCCAUGGCAAGACUUCCAAGUUGAAGCCUAAGGCCAAGGAGAGAUCCAUAAGAAUCAUAGUUACUUUGAUUGCUCAAGUACUUGUGUGUUUUGUACCCUUCCACAUUUGCUUUGCCCUCAUGAUGUUAAACGAAGGUACAAGUUACAAUCCAUGGGCAGCCUUUACCACCUUUCUCAUGAACCUCAGUACUUGCUUGGAUGUUAUACUGUACUAUAUUGUUUCUAAACAAUUUCAGGCUAGAGUCAUCAGUGUCAUCCUUUAUCGCAAUUACCUCCGAAGUGUGCGCAGGAAGAGUUUUCGAACUGCAAGUGUAAGAUCACUCAAUAAUAUCAACAGUGAAAUGAUAUAAAAAAAAAA